GUUUCCUAUGUGUAUCUAUUGAUAUAAAUGUAUAUAUUUAUUUAUUCUAGCUGUCAGGUGUUAAAAUAAAUGCCGAAGAUUAGUCCCAUGUCUCUCCCACUCUAGGAUAUAGAUUUUUAUGUAUUUGUUAUUUGAUUCUUGUUGUCUGAGUGAAUCGGCCGGUUUGGGAAGGCUUUUGCCACCCUCCCUUGUGUUGUUUUGGUUUUUUAAAAGGAGGUGGAGGAGAGGAAGGAGGAUAGUUAGGGGGCGGCCUGAGCAGAGAGGACGAGACAGUGUUUGGGGGGUGUUUGGGGCAAGUCUGGGGGCUGUCUGGCCCUAGACCGCGGAGAGGACGCGCGCUCGCGCUCUCGCCCUCGCUCUCGCUCUUUCUGCUGCCUGCUUGCGUACGGCUUGUGAUCUCGCUGGAUUCGUGCGGCUGUGUUUUUCCCCUCUUUUCUAGCUUGCAAACUGCCUUCCUUGCUAACCUCGCUCCUGCCUCGGCUUCCCUCCCUCCCUCCACCUUGCCCUGGCCUCUUCUGCCAUCCCCUUCCCGUCCUUCUUAGUAACUCCGGGAGGCGAGGAGGGAGACCGCCCGCUCGCUCGUCCCGCUGGCUCUCUUCCACCGGCCUCGGUCCUCUAGAUUCACUGCCUCCGAGCCGAGAUUUUGAAGGGAAAAAUGCAAUCGAACUCCUCGGUGGCUUUUUUUUUUUUAAUCCCCUUAAAAUCCGGAUGAAGUAUAGUUUCUACUUUUUCCGUUCAGAGCCGUGAUCUUCCUAACGAGAUGCGAGUGUUUUGGUGUCCCCUUUCCCUGUGUUUUGGGGGAGGUUUAGCUUGCCUGGGGGCGGGGAUGUUGAAUACUUUUGGAAAUUAUUCUUUCUUGGUUGCAGACAAGGGAGUCGGGAACACCACGCGCUCCUUCUCCCAUCCUAAGGAGAGAAGCUGAUGGCGGGACGGGGAUUUGGGGGUGGGAGGUGGUCAAGGGGUACGCGUUUGCACCUGCGGUGCUGUUCAGUGUGUGGGGACUCCGGGAAGCUUCACCAGACAGCCUAGCAGAGAAGGAAGGUGGCGGGAUUUCUUGGCGGUCGCGGUGUUUGUAUUUUGGGUACUGCGUGACUUGGUGUUAGCUCCCAAUGGCUGUUCCCCCUGGUUCCUAAAUUUUAUUUUAUUUUUCCUAUGGUGCAGCCUUUGUAAAAUGACAACGGCGGGCCGGAAAGUGGCCAACAUUAGGCUUUACAUUACCGAGGUCCUUGCACUGGGCAGGGGAAAACAAAACAGCCCCAGCCCGCGUUCCAACGUGCAAGACCCGGGAGGAGAGAACACUUUGUGGACCUGGCCGGGCGACCCGGCGCGGGAGGAGGGGGCGCGGGCGCGAAAGGGAGAUCUUUGUGAGUGAUUUUGCAAAAUCGGAAUGUGCGGUUGGUUGGGUUUGCAACCUGUGGCUCUUCUCGAGGGAGUAGGAAUGGGAGAAGGCGGCGGCGGCGGCGGCGGCCCGGGGCGGGAGCUGGUUGGGAGUUGGAGCCUCGGAAGUCGGCUGCUCCCGGCGACAGCUGGAGCGAGGGGCCAGCCCGCUGCCGGCUGUAGUGACCUGAUCAUGGUUUUAAGCAAAAUUUUGGACUGUGAAUCAAGGCAUUGGGUGAAGACAAAAUGGCCUCGCCGGCUGAUAGCUGUAUCCAGUUCACCCGCCAUGCCAGUGAUGUUCUUCUCAACCUUAAUCGCCUCCGGAGCCGGGACAUCUUGACUGAUGUUGUCAUAGUGGUGAGCCGUGAGCAGUUUAGAGCCCAUAAGACAGUCCUCAUGGCCUGCAGUGGCCUGUUCUACAGCAUCUUCACAGACCAGUUGAAAUGCAACCUGAGUGUGAUCAAUCUGGAUCCUGAGAUCAACCCCGAGGGGUUCUGCAUCCUCCUGGACUUCAUGUACACAUCUCGGCUCAACCUGAGGGAGGGCAACAUUAUGGCCGUGAUGGCCACAGCUAUGUACCUGCAGAUGGAGCAUGUCGUGGACACUUGCCGGAAGUUUAUCAAGGCCAGUGAAGCAGAGAUGGUUCCUGCCAUCAAGCCUCCCCGUGAAGAUUAUCUGAACAGCCGGAUGCUGAUGCCCCAAGACAUCAUGGCCUAUCGGGGCCGUGAGGUGGUGGAGAACAACCUGCCGCUGAGGAACCCCCCGGGGUGUGAGAGCAGAGCCUUUGCCCCCAGCCUGUACAGUGGCCUGUCCACACCGCCAGCCUCUUAUCCCGUGUACAGCCACCUCCCUGUCAGCAGCUUCCUCUUCUCCGAUGAGGAGCUGCGGGAUGCCCGGAUGCCUGUGGCCAACCCCUUCCCCAAGGAGCGAGCCCUCCCCUGCGAUAGUGCCAGGCCAAUCCCUGGGGAGUACAGCCGGCUGGCCAUGGAGAUACCCCACAGUGUGUGCCACAGCAACAUCUACUCACCCAAGGAGACGGCCCCAGAGGAGGCACGGAGUGACAUGCACUACAGUGUGGCCGAGGGCCCCAAGCCAGCUGCCCCCUCGGCCCGGAAUGUCCCAUACUUCCCCUGUGACAAGGCCGGCAAGGAGGAAGAGAGACCCUCUUCAGAGGAUGAAAUUGCCCUGCACUUCGAGCCCCCCAAUGCACCCCUAAACCGGAAGGGUCUGGUUAGUCCCCAGAGUCCCCAGAAGUCCGACUGCCAGCCCAACUCGCCCACAGAGUCCUGCAGCAGCAAGAAUGCCUGCAUCCUUCAGACCUCUGGCUCCCCUCCAGCCAAGAGCCCCACCGACCCCAAAGCCUGCAACUGGAAGAAAUACAAGUUUAUUGUGCUCAACAGCCUCAACCAGAACGCCAAACCGGAGGAGCCCGAGCAGGCCGAGCUGGGCCGCCUUUCCCCUCGAGCCUACCCUGCCCCACCAGCCUGCCAGCCGCCCAUGGAGCCGGAGAACCUUGACCUCCAGUCCCCAGCUAAGCUCAGCACCAAUGGGGAGGACUCCACCAUCCCUCAGGCCAGCCGGCUCAAUAACAUUGUCAACAGGUCUCUCGCAGGCUCCCCCCGCAGCAGCAGCAGCAGUGAGAGCCACUCGCCCCUCUACCUGCACCCCCCGAAGUGCACGUCCUGCGGCUCUCAGUCCCCACAGCACGCGGAGAUGUGCCUCCACACCACCGGCCCCACGUUCCCUGAGGAGAUGGGAGAGACCCACUCUGAGUACUCGGAUUCCAGCUGUGAGAAUGGGGCCUUCUUCUGCAAUGAGUGUGACUGCCGCUUCUCUGAGGAAGCCUCGCUCAAGAGGCACACGCUGCAGACCCACAGUGACAAACCCUACAAGUGUGACCGCUGCCAGGCCUCCUUCCGCUACAAGGGCAACCUCGCCAGCCACAAGACCGUCCAUACGGGUGAGAAACCCUAUCGCUGUAACAUCUGUGGGGCCCAGUUCAACCGACCGGCGAACCUGAAAACCCACACUCGAAUUCACUCUGGAGAGAAGCCCUACAAAUGUGAAACCUGCGGAGCCAGAUUUGUACAGGUGGCCCACCUCCGUGCCCACGUGCUUAUCCAUACUGGCGAGAAGCCCUAUCCGUGUGAAAUCUGUGGCACCCGUUUCCGGCAUCUUCAGACUCUAAAGAGCCACCUGCGAAUCCACACGGGAGAGAAACCUUACCAUUGCGAGAAGUGUAACCUGCAUUUCCGUCACAAAAGCCAGCUGCGUCUUCACUUGCGCCAGAAGCAUGGCGCCAUCACCAACACCAAGGUGCAAUACCGCGUGUCCGCCACCGACCUGCCCCCGGAGCUGCCCAAGGCCUGCUGAAGCAUGGAGUGUUGACGCUUUCCACUCGAGCCCCUUCUCAGAAUCUACCCAAAGGAUACUGUAACACUUUACAGCAUUCAUCCCAUGAUGUAGUGCCUCUUUCAUCAACUAGUGCAAAUCAUAGCUGGGUAUGGGGGGUGGGGGGAGGGGCGUGGGGACCGGGAGCCAAGGCAGCUCCCCUUCCCCCACUGCCAUCCAACAUUAAGAAAAUAAUAUUGCUUCUUCUCCUAUGUGCAAGGCGAACCAUGUCAGCAAAAAGCAGAAUCAUUUUGUACAUCAAAGUGGGAGAGUAUGCAAAAGCUCUGACUUGACUUAGUCUGCAAAAUGAGGAAUGUAUAUGUUUUGUGGGAACAGAUGUUUCUUUUGUAUGUAAAUGUGCUUUCUUUUAAAAGAAGAGACUUCGGUAUGUUAUCAAACAGAGGGCUUUAAUUUUUUUAACCAAAGGUGAAGGAAUAUAUGGCAGAGUUGUAAAUAUAUAAAUAUAUAUAUAAAAUAAAUAUAUAUAUAUAUAUAAACCUAAAAAAGAUAUAUUAAAAAUAUGACAUUGUGUUAAAGGCUCGAUUUUGUAUCUGCAGGCAGACACGGAUCUGAGAAUCUUUAUUGAGAAAGAGCACUUAAGAGAAUAUUUUAAGUAUUGCAUCUGUUUAAGUAAGAAAAUAUUUUGUCUAAAAUGCCUCAGUGUAUUUGUAUUUUUUUGCAAGUGAAGGUUUACAAUUUACAAGUGUGUAUUAAAAAAACAAAAAGAACAAAAAAAGCUGCGGAAGGAAAAAUGUGUAGUUUUGUUCUAGUUACCGGUUUGUAUAUACCUAUACAACGUGUCCUACGGUGCCUUUUUCAUGGAAGUUUUCAACGAUGGAUGGGCGAGCGCUCCAUCCCUUUCUGAAGUGUAGGCAGACACAGGGACUGGAAGUUGUCACUAACAGCCUCUUUGGGAAUGUUUGUCUCAUCCAUCACAUUCUGCGUCGUGCUUGUGUUAGAACUGCUCCGGAGACAGGGUUUGGCUGUGUCUAAACUGCAUUACCGCGAUGUAACAUAUAGCUGUACAAAUACAAGAAUAAAAUGUUGAAAAGUUGA